CUCCUCUGUCCGCUCCCCGCAUCUCUGCCCCAGGAUCUGGUUUUUACCAGCGGCUCUCCGCACCUCCUUUCUUUCAUUCUCUUUUAGCCCCUACCGCAGCCUUGCAUCUUGCCCCAACCUCUUUGCAGUGCUUGGAUUUACGCGGCAUCUGCUGCAGCAACUAUUGCUACUAAUGGCGCCGAUUUUGGGGUCAACUCUCGUAAUGGCUGUAGCAUAUCCAGGUCAGAGAGCAGCCGGGUGCUCCUUCGGUUACAACAACACCUACUAUAUCCUUGGCGGAACGGUAAGUUAAGGCAAUGAAUGUGUAUUGUGCACAAUAAUUAUUUACCUGGUAUGCUCAUCUCCAUAUUUAGUCCAGCCUAUCUCAGGAGAGCUACUACAACUUUGCUAACAUUCCCCUUCCUAUCGACAUAACCGUGAAUGUGAGUAUGACAGUUACAUGGACAAAACUUCCAGAACCGCCUGGUUGGCAAGCCAUGUCUAGCUUGGACAGCACGCCUCAGUUUGGCUGCGCGUGCAACAAGGAUGGCAAAAUAUUUCUCUUUGGCAACAUUGUUGGAUUUGCUGUCUUCGAUAUUCGAACCCAAACCUGGGACACAGGCGCACCGAGCUUCCAGACUUCAGACUUUUUCUAUGGCAAACCUGCGAAACCAGUCUGGGGUUCAUGCAGCUGUGCGUCCAGUCAGAUACAGUAUAUCUGUUGUCGUCACCACUCUUCCUGCCUAUCUUCUUCUGGACUCGCAAGCAAGAUCCUUCCAAGGAGUCAAGCUAACCACUAUACCACCGAAUCUUCACAGAUUCUGCAUGGAUAUGUUCCCAGUGCAAACCAAGCCGUCAUGUGUGGAGGAUCUGUAACCAGUGGACUGACCAUAGCUUACACUCAAAAUCGCUGCAAACUAUCACUGGGUGCUCCUGCAUCCAACGCGUUUAUUCUGCUUACUGAGCUACUCCGAGGAGUCGAAUCUGCAAGACAAUGAUCGAGAUUUUAGCUUGAGCCUACUACAAUCAUGUAGCCCUCAAGGCAUCGCGUCAGUGCGGGGCCCACAAGGUAUUAGGCCCAUUCAAGGCCCA